AUGGAGAACGGGACAGAAGUGACGGAGUUCAUCCUCCUAGGGCUAACCAGUGACCCAGAACUGCGAGUCCCUCUCUUUGUAAUGUUCCUUCUCAUCUACCUCAUCAAUCUGGUUGGGAACCUGGGGAUGAUAGUGUUGAUUCUCUGGGACUGUCGUCUGCACACCCCCAUGUACUUUUUCCUGGGGAACCUGUCCCUUGUGGACCUCUGUUACUCCUCAGCUGUCACUCCCACAGUCGUAACUGGGCUCCUGAUAGGAAGCAAGGUCAUUUCCUACGAUGCUUGUGCUGCUCAGAUGUUCCUGUUCGCAGCCUUUGCCACUGCGGAAAAUUUCCUGUUGGCAGCCAUGGCUUACGAUCGCUAUGCCGCAGUGUGCAAACCCUUACACUAUGCCACCACCAUGACCACAAGCGUGUGUGUGUGCCUGACCCUGGGCUGCUAUGUCGGUGGUUUCCUGAACGCCUCCAUCCACACUGGGGACACAUUCAGUCUCUCCUUCUGUAAGUCCCGUGUGGUCCACCACUUUUUCUGUGAUGUACCAGCAGUCAUGGUUCUCUCUUGCUCUGAUAGACACAUCAGCGAGAUGGUGCUUGUUUAUGCAGCAAGCUUUGUUAUCUGCUCCGCUCUCCUGGUUAUCUUGGUGUCUUACGUGUUCAUUUUUAUCACCAUCCUAAGGAUGCGCUCGGCUGCAGGGUACCAGAAGGCUCUGUCCACCUGUGUGUCCCACUUCACCGCAGUCUCCAUCUUCUACGGGACCCUCAUCUUCAUGUACCUGCAGCCCAGCUCCACUCACUCCAUGGACACAGACAAAAUCGUGUCCGUGUUCUACACCAUGGUCAUCCCCAUGCUGAACCCUGUGGUCUACAGCCUGAGGAACAAGGAGGUCAAGAGUGCAUUCAAGAAGGUGGUGGAGAAGGCACAGUAUUUUCUAGGAAUGUGA